AUAACUAGUGGGGGUAGGUAAUUUAAUCUAAUACUGCUAGUAUUACUGCCAGUGACCAACUAGCCACUGCCUCCUCGCCGGCGUCCGACACUUUUGCCGGAGCAUAAUUUCUGUCCCCCUGAGAUUUCCCCGAAAAAAUUGAACUUCGAACUGACUAUAGAUUUAACAAAUUGGAGAUAUGGAUGAAUCGAUUGGUUGAGUUUUCACUGUAACUUACUGAGUAACAGAGCAAGUAAUUACUAAUAGUAUAUAUCAGUGAUGAGCACGGGUUCGGGUUCGGGGUCGGAGUCGAAGUCGUCGGAGCAUGACUUCAACCCGAACUCGAGCUCAAACGGUUGGGGCAAGGCGCGGGGAGUGGUGCUUAAGUCCCUUGUGUUAAUCGGAGGUGCCCUGUUGCUCAAACGCCUCACCAAGUCCACUACUCGCUGGGACCACGCUCGCAUCGUAGCUCAAUCCCUCGCCGGUGAAAAGUUUUCGAGGGAGCAAGCGUCUAGAGAUCCUGAUAAUUACUUUAAUUUGAGAUGGCUAUCAUGCCCAGCUGCCGAAAUGGUUGAUGGUUCGAAAGUUUUGUAUUUUGAACAGGCAUUCUGGAGAACUCCUCAUAAACCAUAUCGCCAGAGAUUCUACAUGGUAAAGCCUUGCCCAAAGGAGAUGAAAUGUGAUGUUGAGGUAAGUACACAUGCCAUCAGAGAUGCCGAAGAGUAUAAGAAUUUUUGUGAUCGCCCGAAGGACCAGCGGCCAGAACCUGAAGAAGUUAUUGGGGACAUUGCUGAGCAUUUGACAACUAUUCACCUCAAACGUUGCGACCGUGGAAAACGCUGCUUGUAUGAAGGUUCAACUCAACCAGAUGGAUUCCCUAAUACAUGGCAGAAUGGUGCGGCAUACUGUACAUCAGAACUCUCUGUGUUAAAGAACAACGAGGUACACAUUUGGGAUAGAGGCUAUGAUGAAGAAGGAAAUCAAGUGUGGGGUGCAAAAGGAGGUCCUUACGAGUUCAAGCCAGCUCCUGCUUCAAGUUUUGAUGACAUGUUCUCUCCCUUGAAUUUUCCUCCUCAACCUUUAGAAAAGAGGAUACAAGGUUCAUUUGUCCUUCAAGAAUGAUCACUUGCUCUACAGAAGCGGAAAAUGUAAAUACAACUUCACAUCCAAUAUAUUAAGAGUUUCUCUUUUGAAAAUUUUCCCUUGGGUCAUGUAUAUUGUGGUCAUCAUGAUUGUACGAUGAGGAAUGCCAAUUUGAUGAAGUAGUCAAUCGCACUACGAAGUAUAGGCAUUGAGUCUCAAAGUCUCAAUUUUGUGAAAGAAAGCAUUUCGAUUAGGAAAACAAGCUAGGAAUGCAUCGAUGAGGUUUCAGUACUUGCUGGAUAAGCCAGAAUUCCUGGUUUAUGCUGCUUUUUCACGUGAGGCAAGAGAACCGGUUUCUGGGCAACCACCUUUCAGGGGCCCGAGGGAGUUAGUCAAUAGAAAAUAUGGAUCACGGUCCUGCCU